AUGCAUUCGUCUGAGCAGCUCGCGCACAACCCAUCUACAAGAGGCUGCCUGCUGAAGGUGUGCUGGUGGCGGCAUGUCUGCGUGCUGUACCCUGUGCUGUGCCUCGUCACCCUUCCCGAAAAAGCUGAGACGCUCAAAGCUCGCUGCGGCCGCGAGCUGGUGGCAGAUCUGGAGUUCGUCUGUGGAGACAGAGGAUUCUACCGAGGGAAGGUGGCAGGGCUGAGGAGCGGCACGCGUCUGAAAGGGAAAGGCAUCGUGGAGCAGUGCUGUCUGCGUGGCUGCGACCUCCAGCACUUAGAAGCCUACUGCGCCAAGCCACGCCGGAGCAGGAGACACACCUCCCUCGCACCAUACCCAACAGUGGGAGAGGGAUAG